UGAAAAAGAACUGAACUACUCAAACAAACUCGUUCGAAUUUGAUACACAGCGAAUUCUUAAGAAUAUUUUGAUAACUCAAGAAUGGUAGGCAUUCGAAUUCAUGGAGUAUAUUCGUGAUAUUUGAUAUUUAUCGCAGACACGGUUCCUUAAACGCUUUUGUAAUGCGGACUCAUUCAUUCAGGUUGCAGUAGAAUAAAAAGAAUUUAGGAUAAUAUGAAGCAGAUUCCAUCACAGAAGUAUAAAAGUACAUUUUGUAAGGUGGUAAUUCAUCAUUCGCUCUUUGCCUCUCCAUUAAGUCAUAAGUUUUGUUCUAAGACGUCGUCCAGCCCAAAUUGAGCUUUUUCUACAGUGUUGUGCUUCGACUUGUAUACCAUCAAAACUAAAAUGACCUUCUCUAAAGCUAUUCUAGUUGCUCUGUUUGCUUUAACUACCAUCUCAUGUAUCUUGGCACAGUCAGUUGUACAACCAGUGUUACUUGGUCAACCAGUGGCUCAGAUUCCAAAACCUUUCCGAUUUGGCUAUGAAUUUGGUGAUGGAUUAGGAAUGUCCCAGUAUCGACAUGAAUCUUCUGAUGAAAAUGGAUUUGUUACAGGCAGUUAUGGUUACCAGGAUCCAUAUGGCGUGUACAGGAAAGUCCAAUACAAUGCUGGUGUUGAUGGAUUUCGUGCCAAUAUUUUGAGUAAUGAACCAGGACUUACAAGUCAUGUACCUGCUGAUGCGCCUUAUUCCGUUCUACCACCUCCACCAGCAGCCGUAGCUCGAAGUUUCAGAAGAGUACCUGUAUUUACUGCAAUUCGAAAAUGAAUUUAGUGUAUGAAUCAAGUGGAUUAUCAUAACGAUAUAUUGUGUGUUUUAGGAUACGGAAUAUCAUUUCAAUGUUACUUGGGGUAUGAAAUUAAAGAAAAUACUAAAAUCUGCAGAGUGUUUGGUACAGAAUUAUUUAAAAGUAGAAAAAAUUUCGAGGCAAUAAUGGGUAUGAAUGUUUUGUAAAAUAUUGCUCAGUAAUUUUGAUGUUAACAUUCAGUAACUUUUGAUUUCCGAAUUUAUAUACUUAAUUUUGACAUUCUAAAAAGGUUAUAAUUCAUAUUUAAAGUUCAAUCUGAUAAUAUAUUUUAUAAUAAUUCAAAAGUAAUAAAAUAUUUUAUAUGUAUGUUUGGG